GUGUGCUUCGAAUAGUACAUACCAUGGAAAAGCUGGUUGCAACCGCCGUUUUCCUCGCUGCUCUCAUCUGUUGGCGAAUUGACCAGACACAGAGCAUCACUCACCAAAGCGAUGGCGUCGUUACCGAAAUUUUCGACCUAAACAAGCUAUUGCGGGAAAACGCGAACCCACAAGUGAUCCUGCAAGAGGAAACGAAGGGAAGUGUAAAAACCGUGGAGAUCAGUGCGGAUACCAACAACGUGUUUCAAGGGUCUGUUCAGGAUAGCGGCUCUCCCGCGCAACAGGACUUAGCGUAUCAACAGAGUCUUCGGAAGUAUCAACAGGAUCUAAACGAAUAUCGACGGCUUUUAUCGCAAUACAGAGAGUUUUCAGAUAACACGAACAGCAAACCAGCAGCUAUGUACGUGCAAACGAUACAGCAGACAUACUCUCAGCCAUAUCAGUACCAAUCUUAUCAGCUCCAGCCAUACCAAACCCAACCGUACCAAACCCAACCGUACCAAUCACCGUCGUAUCAAUACCAACCAUACCAAUACCAGCCGACUACAUAUCAGUCCUACACAGGCUACCAGCAAGGAUCAGCUUUCCGGCAACCAACAUUUCAACGAAAUUCGAAUCCAUUGGGUUUAGGAGCGGGAUCUUCUGUCGGAAGCCUUCUGAGCAAUGCGGGAAGCACGCUGUUUGGAGGAUUGUUUGGCUAAAAAAAAACUUUAGUGACACCUCCCUGCAAGGAAAGGAUG